AUGAACGAUCCAAAUGGGUUGUGGUACGAUGCGAAGGAGGAACUUUACCACAUGUACUUCCAGUACAACCCAGAAGACAAUAUUUGGGGUUCACCAUUGUAUUGGGGUCAUGCAGUCUCUGAUGAUUUGACUACUUGGGAAGAAAGAGGUAUUGCCUUAGGACCAAAAACCAAUGACUCGGCGGCAUUCUCUGGUAGUGCUGUGGUUGAUGUCGACAACACUUCUGGAUUUUUCAAUGAUACUACUGACCCAAGACAAAGAGUUGUGGCAAUCUGGACUCAUAACGCACCUGACAAGCAAUCCCAAUACGUUAGUUACUCUGUUGAUGGUGGUGACACUUUCAUCGAGUAUGAGAACAACCCUGUGCUAGAUCUGAACUCAACUCAGUUUAGAGAUCCUAAGGUUAUCUGGCACGAGGAGACUAAGAAAUGGAUUAUGAUUGUUGCUAUGUCUCAAAAAUACGAGAUUGCAAUUUAUUCUUCCGAUGACUUGGUUGAUUGGACAUAUGAAUCUGCCUUUGGUAAUGCAGGGUAUUUGGGAUUCCAAUAUGAGUGUCCCGGGUUGGUUAAGGUUCCAGUCGUCCAAACGGAACAAGGUGGUUUGACUGUCUCCAACUUGACUUAUCCAAACACCACUUCUUACAACAGCACUUAUUUCAAUGCCACAAACACAUCGACUGUGAACAACGAAGCUUGGGUUAUGUUCUUGUCUAUCUAUCCUGGUGGCCCACUAGGUGGUUCUGCUACUCAGUAUUUCAUUGGUGAUUUCAAUGGUACCCACUUCGAGCCAUUUACGACCCAAGCUAGAUUCUUGGAUCUAGGUAAGGACUAUUACGCCGUCCAAACCUUCUACAAUUCUCCAAACGCUGAUGAAGUUUUGGGUAUCGCAUGGGCUUCUAACUGGCAAUAUGCUCAAAAUGUUCCUACCUAUGAGUGGAGAUCUUCGAUGUCUUUGGCCAGAAACUUCACCUUGAGAGAAUAUUCGCCAAACCCUGAGUCGGUCCAAUUGAACUUGAAUAGUGAGCCGGUCUUGAACGCCAACCCAGUGGAGGCCCAAAAUGCCACCUUUUCCUUCGAGGAUGAACUUCUGUUGAUUGACAAUGAAUUGUCGGGAAAUUUCCCUAGCAACAUCAGUGCUACAGCCAUCGAAUUUGAAAUAGAGUGGUCUGUUAACGAAAUCGCAUUCAACAUUACCGAAUUGAAUGGAUUUGUUUUAAGUUUGGCCACCGAUGAUUACGAUGAGUUCUUGACUUUUGGCUACGAAGCUAAUGCGCAAUCAUUCUUCUUCAAUAGAGGUAACACUGAGGAGCCUUUCGUCUACGCUAACCCAUUUUUCAACGAAAAACUAUCUGUCUAUUUGGAGCCAUACUCGACUUCAAGCAACGGUACCAACACUUACAAGGUUCAUGGUAUUGUUGAUCAAAAUAUUGCAGAAUUGUAUUUCAAUGAUGGUUCAGUUGUUAGCACCAAUCUAUUUUUCACUACCCCAGGAAACCAACUAACCUGGUGGUCCGUCGAUACUAGUAUCGAUGGUGGAUUCAAACUCGACAACUUCACGAUCAGCGUCUUGGACGUUUGA